AUGUCACGGUUGCUGCUCCGUCCGAGGGCACUCGAGAGUCGCGAAAAGACAGCAACAGUCGAAGAGCUGCCGCAUGUUUGUAAGCGCACCGGUCUGGAAAAGGCCCUCCAUCAAGUCGAACAAGCUGUCAAACGAUCAGGAGCCAGUCUGCACGGUAUUGAGGCCACCAAAUUCGUCUCCGAACUCAAAGAAAUCUUGGGUGCCGGCUCACUUACACCUCUUGCCGAUGGUGACUUUAAACAACCCAGCACUGGUCAUACAAGGACAUCCUCGGCCAUAUCACGAAGGCCUAGUGAGAUUCUCAUGGCGGAUGUUUCCGAAGAUUCAGGCGAUAGCUCCAUGUCGGAUCAUGACGACAUGAGCAUUCCGCAAGACUCCACGCCGUCUCAGAGCCAUGUGGCAGAUGAGAGCCUUGCCGUCGAUGAUGCCGAAAAUCCUCUUCAACUUCUCGCCCGAGCUUCUGAUUUGCAUGUUUCUCCGAAGCCAGUUGGCGAGCUUUCUACAGCUGAGAUGGCCCAUAGCCAUCAACACCCACGCCAGAAGAAACAAACUGAGAAGCUGUCCGAGGUCGAAAAGUUCUUCAAAUUCACUCAAUUCUCUCUUGACUGCGGCCCUGAACUGGAUCCCAUCGAUCUUGGCUUACUUACCACGGAGGAGGCAGAGUCCCUCUUUGACUUCUUCCACAAGAGUCUUGCUCACACGAGAUGGGGUCUGGACCCAAUAUUGUAUACGGCCUCUUUUACCCGCUCCCUCGACCGAUACCGGUCCGUCGAGAUUGUCCUUGCUUUUAUGGUCAACGUUCCCUGGAUGUUUCCUGGCAAACAUAGCACCGAUGACGAGACGUGCUGGUACGUCUCCAUGGCCACCACCAUGGCCCUGGACCUAUUCCUACACAAGAUUGUAGUUGCUAUGGAUGCCAUACGAGACGGUAGCUACAACGAAGGUAUCGCACGGGCAGAUUGCAUUGACCCCAAGGCUGCCUUGUCUCUCGAUGGGUUUGGCGACGUUGAUUCGGAAUCGGAACUAGGAAGGCGGCUGUUGCGGCGGAGGGAGAGAUGUUGGAUUGCCUUGAUACAAAUGUCAGUCGACAAGUUCUUCGAGCAAUGGCAUGCCAAAUGGACCAUACCCAUUGGCACCGGACCUCAACAUCGCCUGCCACCCUACGUCCAAAUCCUCGUCACCCACACCCGCCUCUCCAUCUACAGUAUUGUAAUCAACCAUCCCACCGCACCCACCGAAGUCCGCCACUUUUUCCACGCUGCCGGCCUUUCCUCGGCCCUGAACGUUAUGCGUUCAGCCAUCCAAGGCGAAGAGCAGCUCUCGAGCAUGCCCAAUAACACAGCAAUCAUGAUCUCCUUCGCCGCCUGCUUUGCCCUGCGCCUCAGCGGCCAGCUCUCCGGCGGGACCUCUAGCCUGGCGCCCAGUGUCCGGACGCUGAUCGAGGAGACGGCGGGCGUGUUGGAACGGAUUGGCACCGCUACGGACCAUCGGAAUGGCAUGUCGACGUUGUAUGGGAAGUAUCUGAAGUAUAUCGUCAAGAAGGCGGCGGCUGCUGCGGCGACGUCGUAUGAGAACAUGGCCUCAACAGUGCGGCCGAGGAACGAGACAGCAAUGACAGCGGAUCGAGGCCCGCCCCACGUGGCUUUCUCCCGACACGGUGGGCCAUCCGCAUCAUCGUCAUUAUCAUCAUCAACACUAGCAACAUAUCAACCCAGUAGCCAGCAGCAAGGGACUAGCACCACAAACAUGAGCAAUACUAAUUACGGCAUCCCUACCGAUGCUGCUUUGUCAGCGACAUCCGCCGGCGCAUAUCUCGAGCCUUCAUCAUCUACACCAUCCUGCCUCUGGGCAGCAACAGAACCGGUAUUGCUACAAUUCUCAUCCAUGUCCGACGACCAAGUCCUAGAAGCGCUGAACAACGAGUUUCAUGUGGAUCCGGCUACGGCGGCUUCGAACUCCAACGCGAACAGCAACAGCAGCAUGUACCACCACCAACACCAUGUUGGUGGCUCCGGCCUGUCGUCACUGUGGGAUGAUACGGGGGUUCUGCCGGAUUGGUUGAACUCGGCGAACUUACCAGAGUUUGGGGUAUGA